CUUCAUUUUACACUGCACACUAUUUAUGAAUGAAGCCUGAAUAAGAGGACUUGAAGGGAAAAUAAGCGACAAGAUUAGUGGAUAAAAGCACAGCCAAUGGCAGCCAGUGAUGAGAUGACAAUCAACCUCGUUGUCCUUGGAAAAACCCAGACUGGGAAAAGCACUGCUGGGAACAUCCUGUUGGGCAGCUCAGACUUUGAGAGCCAUUGCUCCCCAAGCUCCGUGACCACACGCUGCAGCCUUGGGCGCAGCUGCCGCAUUUCGGGAAUUGCACGAAGAAGCGGCCGUGAGCUGGUGCUCUGCCUCCGAGUUCUGGACACCCCGAGCUACCCUCACAGUAGCCUGAGCAAAGAGCAAGUGAGAAACUCUGUGAGAUCAGCCCUGGCUCACCAUUUCGGGGAGGAAGGCCUUCAUCUAGCUCUCCUGGUCCUGAGGGCUGACCUGCCUCUGUGUCCGGAUGAAAGCCAUCAAGUGGUUCAAUUCAUCGAGGAACUUCUGGGUCCCACAUGGAAGGAUUUCACUGCAGUUCUACUUACUCAUGCAGACAAGGCAGAAGAGGCUGGAUUCAGUGAGGAAGCAUACUUGCAUAGUGCUUCAAGUACCCUGCUCUCACUUUUGAGCUCAGUACAGCAUAAAUACAUUUUCCUAGACAACCAAAAGAGCAUAAUUAAAGAGGAAAGAGCUAUUGUAUUAAGAAAGCUCUUGAAUUUUAUCAGACAAAAUAACAACCAAGUGCUUCUACUUAAACACACCAAGGAAUUGAAUUAGCUUUCAGGUGCUCAUUUGUCUUCUUUCUAUGAUAGAUAACAUUUAAUAGAAAUAAAAGAGUAGAAGCCAUCAACUGGAAAGUUCUACAUCCAUACCAAGUAUCUUUGAAUACAGAGUUGGAAACAACUCUUUACCAAACUUUACUUGCCUUUCAAAGAAUACCUCCCCCUACUGCAUCCAGAAUUCUAGUUUCAACCACAAAACCAGAACAGACCAGUGCUCUAAAUUAUGCUCCUAUAUUAGUAUAUAUACAGUAUAUAUACAUAUAUACUGCAUAUAUAUUAUAUAAAGGCAGUCACAAAAAAAAAGGAAAAAAAUUAAGUUCAGAUUGCAAGGGGAUGUCUUCGAUUAUUUCUACAAGAAGUUCCUCUGAAUUCCAAAAUUUUUAUAAUAAAAAGCUUUCCAGUAUCAAAACCUAUGGUUUAUCUACUGUGAAAGAAUUUCCUUACCUUGAUU